CGCAUCAUACUGAUUAUGUAUUACAUCAAUUGCUUGAUACUUGCACAACUUAACCAUCCACAUAGGCCAAAGUUAAGACUAACACCAAAAUCUGUUCAUAUUGGUAAAGAUAAGAGCCUCUGUGUUAAGUCUAUUAAUACCAAUAUGUAUCAUGUGAACCUUUUUAAUCAGUGCCGAUAUGUUUCGGGACUUCCACCAAGACAAUCGACCAAACCAGGGUAAGUCCACCAUCAUUUAUUUGACACGUGUCAGGUACAAUAUGAGAGGGCUCGGUUUAUUUUUUAAGUCUGAGUGGUGUUCUUAAAUUUUAAUUAUUUUUUAGGGGUAUUCUUGAAAGUGUCCCUUCAUUAUAUUAUGUAUCUUACCAUCAGGAGUAUUUGCCAUUAUUUAAGUGGACUUGGGCUGAUGUCUGAUGCAGAGCUAGAUGUUUUGAUAAGUUUGGCAAUUGCAAGUGGCUACUAUGAAGGGCCGACCUGCCGCCCAACUAUCAUAGACAUUUCUUGUUCACGUGAAGCUGUUCCAUGUUUGGCUGCUAAAAGUUUAGGGCAUCCUGUUCUCAGAAGUGAUGCCUUGGGGAAGUGUUCUUUUGUCCCCAAUGAUGUGAAUGUUGGUGGAGUUGGACACCCCAGCUUUAUCCUUCUCACUGGUCCCAACAUGGGCGGAAAAUCCACUCUCCUUCGCCAAAUUUGCUUGACUGUGAUUUUGGCACAGAUUGGAGCAGAUGUUCCUGCAGAAAGCUUUGAGUUGUCACCCGUCGAUCAAAUCUUUGUUCGAAUGGGUGCUAGGGACCAUAUAAUGGCAGGCCAAAGUACAUUCCUAACUGAACUUUCAGAGACUGCAGCUAUGCUGUCGUCUGCUACCAAUAAUUCGCUGGUGGCAUUGGAUGAACUUGGACGGGGGACAUCAACUUCAGAUGGACAAGCUAUUGCAGAAUCUGUAUUAGAGCAUUUUGUCCAGAAAAUUAAGUGUCGCGGCAUAUUUUCCACUCACUAUCACCGGUUAGCUGUGGACUAUGAGGAAGAUCCCCAUGUGUCUCUAUGCCAUAUGGCAUGCCAAGUUGGGAAAGGGGUUGGAGGUGUUGAAGAAGUCAUAUUCCUUUACAGACUGACACCUGGUGCAUGUCCCAAAAGUUAUGGUGUUAAUGUUGCACGUUUGGCAGGUAUGUUUGCUUUCUCGUUGUUCUCUCCCUAGUUUUAAGUAACCAUAGUUCUAAAAGUCGGUGGCUCGACUCAAAACUCGGCCUAGUCAACUUGACUCAAUGAGAUUUGAGCUGAGUCCCUUGGAAACUAGCUAUUGAGCUUGACUCAGCCUGGACUUGACAAUACUCAUUGAAGACUCAGAAAACUUGGUUGACUCUAUGCGACCCAUCAUGACCUGAUCGAGUCACUUGACCAGUCAGUUUCUUUUUUUCAAAAAGAAAAAAAAGAAAAAAAAGAAAAGAAAAGAAA